GUCAACUGGAAUGGAUCGAAAAGUUACAGCGUAUUUUUCAUCUUUAAGUUUCCCUUCUCGCAAAAUAACCAAAGAGGAACAUGCUUUGAUGUUGUAUUUCGGUAACACGUGGGACAGCCUGACGCCUGAAAGCAAAGAUGAAUUAACAGAUGACUGGUUUGUGGACAAAGACUCCAGACGAAAAUAUGAGGAAGAAGCGUCAGAAACUCCGGAAUAUCCGUCAUCAUUCCCGAAGCUGAUGAUCCCGUCUGGAGAAAAGAUCAUGGUUGAUGAAACAGAUCUGCGCACAUGGAGAGAUGCUCACUCAGGGCCCUUUUCUUGGAAGAGCAAGAGUCAGCAGGAUUUAUCACUGGAUGACUUUGAGCCAGACGUAAUCAGCAAACCACCACUCAAAGGGAAGCGAUCAAAAGGUGCUGGGGACACAGACAAUAGUGAUCAAGAAAAAAUGGCUCCUCGUGAAUUUGUCCCCAAAGACAAUUCAUGGACAGAUGCAAUGCUGGCCGAAUUUCGAAAUUAUCUUGACACUGAGGUGGUGAGGUCAAGGUCAGCUAGCCCCUUGGAGGAGGUGAAUGAAGGUUUUGAAGGAAGCACUCAAGACUUAACGUCAUCUCCUUGUCAGAGUCAGAGCAAUGCUGAGUCUCAGGCAUCAUCAGAAAAUAUCUCGUUGAAAGAUCUCGGUGAAUCUCUCAUUCAGAAUGAAUCCUCUCAGAUGAGUCAGAAAUCGAGAGUGUCGAAAUCUCCACAGAAGGUGAUUAAGUCGAAGUCUUUCAGUAAGAACGAGAACUCAGAUACAACACAGAAGUUGAUUAAGGAUGAGGAGAACAAACGGUCAAAGCAAGCGUUCUGCAAUCCAACCAUGGUGACAGAGUGGUCCACGUUUGUUGGGCAGGAAUCGUAUCCAAAGAAACAAGUUACAUCAAAUAUCGUUAGUGAGCCACCAGUUCUUACAAUGGACAGAGGUGGAGACAGAGCAAGUCAAUCAACCGACCCGUCACCUGACCACACCUCCCACCUGAUAGCCAGUGAUCACUCAACCGAUACCUCCCCUGACCACACCUCCCACCUGAUAGCCAGUGAUCAUUCAACCGAGACCUCCCCUGAUCACACCACCCAACUUCUACCCAACGAGAAGAUCGCUGAAGCAGAAAAAGAUGAAAUCCUCACCGUUGUUGUGAGCAGUACAGACCCAGAGGGUGAUAUUCCUCGAACAGGAUUUGAUUUCUUAGAUAACUGGUAACAAGAAGAAAAUGGGAAAUAGUCCCAAUACUGUGCAAUACUGUCAAUUGUGAAAUAUUCACAGACCAGAUACUGCUAACAACACUACAUAUAUUUAAUAACAUUGCAGAUACUAUGUUAAUCGUUCUGUGGAAUAUGUAAUAAUGUGUACGAGUUGUGUAUAUCUGUAUUUAUAGCCUUAUACAAUAAACAGUGUAUGAGUCUA